AUGGCACCUGUCAAGAAGAGUAUUCUUGACCGCCUGAAUGCUGGCGAGGUGGUGAUCGGCGAUGGGGGCUUCGUGUUCGCUCUGGAGAAGAGGGGCUACGUAAAGGCCGGGCCGUGGACCCCCGAGGCUGCCGUCACACACCCUGAAGCCGUGCGGCAGCUGCACCGGGAGUUCCUGAGAGCAGGAUCCAAUGUCAUGCAGACCUUCACAUUCUACGCCAGCGACGACAAACUGGAGAACAGGGGUCAGAACUUGAAAAUCACUGGGGCAAAAAUCAACGAGGCAGCCUGUGACCUGGCAAGGGAAGUAGCCAAUGAAGGAGACGCAAUGGUAGCCGGUGGCGUGUGUCAGACUCCGUCCUACCUGAGCUGCAAGAGUGAGGCAGAUGUGAAGGCCAUCUUCAAGAAACAGCUGGACGUGUUCAUUAAGAAGAACGUGGACUUCCUGAUUGCCGAGUACUUCGAGCAUGUCGAGGAGGCCGUGUGGGCCGUGGAGGUGCUGAAGACCAGCGGGAAGCCAGUGGCUGCCUCCAUGUGCAUCGGACCGGAGGGAGACAUGCACGGCGUCUCACCCGGAGACUGUGCCGUCAGGCUGGUGAACGCCGGUGCCCAGAUUGUGGGAGUCAACUGUCACUUUGACCCCAUGACCUGUGUGAAAGCUGUGGAGAUGAUGAAGGUGGGAGUUGAGAAGGCUGGGUUGAAGGCUCACUACAUGGCGCAGCCCCUGGCAUACCACACCCCCGACUGCAGCUGUCAGGGAUUCAUCGAUCUGCCAGAAUUCCCCUUCGCCCUGGAGCCCAGGAUCCUGACCCGCUGGGACAUGCACGAGUACGCCAGAGAGGCCUACAAGGUUGGCAUCCGCUUCAUCGGUGGCUGCUGUGGGUAUGAGGCCUACCACAUCAGAGCCAUAGCAGAGGAGCUGGCCCCCGAGAGAGGGAUCGUGGCCCCCGGCUCAGAGAAACAUGGAAUGUGGGGUGCUGGUCUGGAGAUGCACACCAAACCCUGGGUCAGAGCCAGGGCCCGUCGGGACUACUGGGAGAAUCUCGCUCCCGCAUCCGGUCGCCCCAAGUGCCCGUCCAUGUCCACGCCAGAGGGCUGGGGCGUGACCAAGGGUCACGCUGACCUGCUGCAGCACAAAGAGGCCACCAGCAGCCAGGAAAUGAAACACGUGCUGGAGAUGCAGAAGAAGACCAAGUCCUCCGCAUGA